CGGGAAGACGAGGAGAAGCUGGGAGUGACGCCUCUGAGCCGCGGAGGAUUGUGGGAGGAGGUUGUCUCCAAUUUCUCCUCCGCCUCUCCCCCUCCCGGCCAAGAUGUCUGACAUGGAGGAUGAUUUCAUGUGCGAUGAUGAGGAGGACUACGACCUGGAAUACUCUGAAGAUAGUAACUCCGAGCCAAAUGUGGAUUUGGAAAAUCAGUACUAUAAUUCCAAAGCGUUAAAAGAAGAUGACCCAAAAGCAGCAUUAAGCAGUUUCCAAAAGGUUUUGGAGCUUGAAGGUGAAAAAGGAGAAUGGGGAUUUAAAGCACUGAAACAAAUGAUUAAGAUUAACUUCAAAUUGACAAACUUUCCAGAAAUGAUGAACAGAUAUAAACAACUAUUGACCUAUAUUCGGAGUGCAGUCACAAGAAAUUAUUCUGAAAAAUCCAUUAAUUCUAUUCUUGAUUAUAUCUCUACUUCUAAACAGAAUUCUGAUUUUUUAUGUCAGAUGGAUUUACUGCAGGAAUUCUAUGAAACAACACUGGAAGCUUUGAAAGAUGCUAAGAAUGAUAGACUGUGGUUUAAGACAAACACAAAGCUUGGGAAAUUAUAUUUAGAACGAGAAGAGUAUGGAAAGCUUCAAAAAAUUUUACGCCAGUUGCAUCAGUCCUGCCAGACUGAUGAUGGAGAAGAUGACCUAAAAAAAGGUACACAGUUAUUAGAAAUAUAUGCUUUGGAAAUUCAAAUGUACACGGCACAGAAAAAUAACAAAAAACUUAAAGCACUGUAUGAACAGUCACUUCACAUCAAGUCUGCCAUCCCUCAUCCACUGAUCAUGGGAGUCAUCAGAGAAUGUGGUGGUAAAAUGCACUUGAGAGAAGGUGAAUUUGAAAAGGCACACACUGAUUUUUUUGAAGCUUUCAAGAAUUAUGAUGAAUCUGGAAGUCCAAGACGAACCACUUGCUUGAAAUAUUUGGUCUUAGCAAAUAUGCUAAUGAAAUCGGGAAUAAAUCCAUUUGACUCACAGGAGGCCAAACCGUACAAAAAUGAUCCAGAAAUUCUAGCAAUGACGAAUUUAGUAAGUGCCUAUCAGAAUAAUGACAUCACUGAAUUUGAAAAGAUUCUGAAAACAAAUCACAGCAACAUCAUGGAUGAUCCUUUCAUAAGGGAACACAUCGAAGAGCUUUUGCGAAACAUCAGAACACAAGUGCUCAUAAAGUUAAUUAAGCCUUAUACAAGAAUACAUAUUCCUUUUAUUUCUAAGGAGUUAAACAUAGAUGUAGCUGAUGUGGAGAGCUUGCUGGUGCAGUGCAUAUUGGAUAACACUAUUCAUGGCCGAAUUGAUCAAGUCAACCAACUCCUUGAACUGGAUCAUCAGAAGAGAGGUGGUGCCCGAUAUACUGCACUAGAUAAAUGGACCAACCAACUAAAUUCUCUCAACCAGGCUGUAGUCAGUAAACUGGCUUAACAGAGAAUAAGCUUUUACAGACGUACUUAAGGCAACAGUGCAGAGAUGUAAUCCUUAAAAGAACUGGGAAUGGCAAAACUACUGUCGGUUGAUGUGUCCUGAAAAUUAUUGGAGUUAUGGCAGAAGUGCUUUUUUUGAUCAACUGGUUUGUGUUUUGCUGCUGCAUUUAUCCCAAGAAAAACAGCUUUAAUCUCCAGAAGAAAACCAAAAUGCCAUGGGAUUUAUGCUGUAUUGACAUCUUGCCCUAAACAUACAACAUCGUAGUAAUUUGUCAUGGGCAACAUGACCAGAGAGAAGAUUUUUGUCAUGAUUUUAAAUACACUGACACGCUACUGUUGGUUAAAUUUAAACAUGUUUUACCUGCAGAAAUUCUCUCACAAAUAACCUGCAAUAACUUGAAAUGCAUACCCUUUUGAACACUUCCUUUUCUCAUGUAUAAAUUAAAAUGUUUGCUGCAUUUUGCAAAAUGUCAAUUCUUCAAAAAUGUGUCCGUAUAUUUCUGUACCUGCAGUGUAGUAAAGGUUUAGAUGAAACCCCAUAAUUAUGGUGGCAUACUGUCACUUAGGUUUCAAGCAGCAAAAUAAACAGUGCAGCUCAGAAAUUGUAGUUUGGUUCUUGAUGUGUUUUUAUUACAUUUGGGGUUUUUGUUUUUCUUUUUAGUACCUUAGAAAUUUCAAAUUAUGUUAUCUUCAGUUAAUGAUUUUAAAAAGCCUGGGAGCAAAUAAGUUGGUUAUUUGCUUUCGAGUUUUUAAAAUAAGUCUUUAUUGAUAAAGUAAGUAGAAUUAGUUUCUAACAGAACACUUGCAUUGUACUUACUUUGACAGUAAUGCUUUAAAGGAAUAAAUUUUUUUUAAGAAUGAUAUUCCUUUGUAAAAAAGAAUAAAUACUAACUCUCAGAAUGUUCACUUUAAACAAAUAUGCCAGAACAUAGACAGCUAAAUGAAUGUUACCGUACGUAGUGAUCAUGCUGGAAAUUUAUUUCCUAAUUCCAGCAGUCUACCAUUGCUCAAAACCUCUUGGGCUUUGCUCUUUUAGAAUUGCAUUCAGAGCUAAUUUAUGUCACACUAUUAACUUUAUGAUUACAUGUUGUUGAAAAAAGAUGUAUUACCAAGCUGGACUGUUUUACAGUUACCAUUAUUUGGCACCAAAUGACUUUUGACAGUUUCCAAAAAUGAAAUCAAUCUUUGAAGUAAUAGUAGAAAGUAUGCAACUGGCUUUGGAGGCGAUCCCAAGAGUUUUAAAGGUAUUCUGAGCAGUGGUAGUAGCAUAGUUAGAAGAAUGAACUGUGGCCUCCCAAGGUGACUACCUUAAAGGAGAUGCAGCUCAUUUGAAUGUAUUGAGUUUUGGAUGUAUUUGUUUCAUUUAAAAACAAAAAGUUUCACAUUAUUUUAUAGUGUCAAAAGGAAGAACUAAGAUUAAGAUAAUUUCUUUGAUUUUUCUAUUGCUUGUUAUUGUGUAAAAAGAAGUGCGUGGCAGUUCAGAAGAAAGACUGUUUUAACUGAAGAAUGACAACCAAGAAUUUUUGAUCAUUAAAUCAGAUUUUAUAAACAGUGGAAGGAGCAUGGACUUAAAACAAGGCAUGCUUAUUCGGUUUUGUCAAAAUUUUACGAAAAUAUGUGAUAUAUAUUUAUACUAAAACUAUAUAAUCCUUAGAUUUAGGAGAGCAAUCAGCUAAUGUCUUUAGCAGAUUAAAGCAGUAUUAAAUACAGGUACAAGUUGGAAAUUGUAGAAAACUGAAAGAAAACGAAAGACAAAAUUAAUGUCUCUGGUAGGGAAUAAAAAAGUUUAAGAUAUUAUAAAA